GCGGGGGAAGAGGAUCAGGAGCCGACAGGGCGAGGAUGGAGCCGGCGGCGCCGAGCCCCGCGGGGCUGCCCCGCGCCUGUCUAGCGCUGCUGCUGCUGUCGGGCGGGAUCCUGGUGUCCGCACACGUCCCGCGCACCCCGGACCGCGUGUCCGAGGCCGAUAUCCAGAGGCUUCUUCACGGCGUGAUGGAGCAGCUGGGCAUCGCCCAGCCGCGCGUCGAGUACCCGGCCCACGAGGCCUCCAACGUGGCGGGGCCGCAGAGCAUUGAAGGUGGCGCUCACGAGGGGCUGCAGCACUUGGGUCCCUACAGCAACAUCCCCAACAUCGUGGCGGAGCUGGCAGGAGACAAUGUCCCCAAGGACUUCAGCGAGGGCCAGGGCUACCCCGAUCCCCCCAACCCCUGCCCUAUCGGGAAAACAGCGACCGACGGCUGCUUGGAGCACACACCCGACACGGCGGAGUUCAGCCGCGAGUUCCAGAUGCACCAGCAUCUCUUCGACCCCGAGCACGACUACCCCGGGCUGGGCGCUUGGAGCAAGAAGCUUCUCUAUGAGGCUCGACGGGCCGGACAGCGGCGGCGACGGAGACGGAGUGUGAACCCGUACCUCCAGGGGCAGCGGCUGGACAACGUCGUGGCAAAGAAGUCAGUGCCACGCUUCUCCGAGGAGGACGAGGCCCCGGAAUGAGCGGGCCGGGCCGGCCGGGUGGGAACCGGGGUCGGGCGGGACUGGGGCUGCAUGACUGCCAUCUCCCCACCCCUCCGGGGGGCGGGGCGGGGCCGCUGGGACUAUGACACUGUCGCACGGAUCA